AAGGUAGCAUUCUGCAUAGUGUGUAGGCAGUUACACGAAUACUUGGUUAUUGCUUCAGACGCUCAGUUUGAAGUGAAGUCAAGCGCUAUCAUGUUUUCCAUUAUAGGCUCAUGGUGAACUAACUGCCAUGUUAAGACUGGAGAACAAGGGGAGGGAAUGACAAACACCAGCCGCCAAUAUUUGAGGACCAAAAAGACAAGCAAAGCCAGGCAGAAGCAAACCCCGGAACUUGAAACCAGCUAACAUCAGGCUAGCUUUUUGUUGACAGUGUGCUUGCUGUCAAACCAGAACUCGCUCAGAGGGGAUGUGGUGAGACAGCUCGCUGCUUUCACACGAGUACGAGGGACUUUUUUUUAACUAAGCUUUAAUUUGGAGAGGAAUUUCUUGAAAGUUUACAACUUUUAAACCACUUGUGGAUCUGGAAGAUGGCAUUAAGAGGAACCUUUACGGGCACAUCGAUGAAUCCGAGUAUGCACCCCAUGAGUGUUGGGCAUGCUGCGGGCAUAAGAAUGCAAGGCAUGCCCCAACCUCCAGCGGGCUAUCCCCGCAGCAUAAACAACGCUGCCCAGUACCCACAGCGCUCAGGGAUGCCACCCAGCAGAGUGGGGGGCCCCUUAGGGUCGAUGGGGGGUCAGCUUCCUGGUCCUUCUUACGGUGGUGGGAACAUGUCCAUGCGGCAAGGCAUGGGGCCCCUGAGCAUGGACCCCUCGAGGAAGCGGUUCCUUCAUCAUCACCAACAGCAGCAGCAGCCAGAGGGGCUGGGGGGCCUCAGACGAGGACCAAAAAGACGUAAGAUGGCUGACAAGGUUCUCCCACAGAGGAUCCGAGACCUGGUCCCAGAGUCCCAGGCCUACAUGGAUCUCCUCGCCUUUGAGAGGAAGCUGGAUCAGACCAUCGCACGAAAGCGCAUGGAGAUCCAGGAAGCCAUCAAGAAGCCCAUUAUGCAAAAACGUAAGCUCAGGAUCUAUAUUUCCAACACUUACACCCCCAGCAAGCCUGAGGGCGAGGAGGCUGAGAAGGUGUCCUCCUGGGAGCUCAGAGUGGAGGGAAAGCUCCUUGAAGAGGCCGGCAAGCAGAAGAAAAAGUUUUCGUCUUUCUUCAAAAGCCUGGUGAUCGAGCUCGAUAAGGAGCUCUAUGGACCUGAUAACCACUUAGUAGAGUGGCACAGAAUGCCCACCACUCAGGAGACCGAUGGUUUUCAGGUCAAACGUCCUGGAGACGUAAAUGUCAAAUGCACCCUCUUGCUCAUGCUCGACCACCAGCCUCCUCAAUACAAACUGGACCCGCGCCUGGCUCGCCUGCUGGGCGUGCACACGCAGACUAGAGCCAGCAUCAUGCAAGCUCUGUGGCUUUACAUCAAGAACAACAAGCUGCAGGACAGCCAUGAGAAGGAGUACAUCAACUGCAACCGCUACUUCAGACAGAUCUUCGGCUGUCAUCGCAUGAGGUUCUCUGAGAUUCCAAUGAAACUGGCGAGCCUCCUGCAGCACCCUGACCCCAUCAUCAUCAAUCACAUGAUUAGCGUGGACCCCACAGACCAGAAGAAGACAGCAUGCUAUGACAUUGAUGUGGAGGUUGAUGACCCACUGAAGGGCCAGAUGAACAGUUUCCUGUCUUCUACGACCAACCAGCAGGAAAUCGCUGCACUAGAGAUGAAGAUCCAUGAGACGAUUGAGUACAUCAACCAGCUGAAGACUGAGAGAGACUUCAUGCUGAGCUUCAGUAAUAACCCUCAGGACUUCAUCCAGGACUGGCUCAAGUCACAGAGCAGAGAUCUGAAGUUGAUGACAGAUGUGACAGGAAACCCAGAGGAAGAGAGGAGAACCGAGUUCUAUCAGGCACCCUGGGUACCUGAGGCGGUGGGCAGAUACGUUUUCUCAAAGGUGCAGCAGAGACGACAAGAGCUGGAGCAGGUGUUGGGGAUCCGCCUCACCUAAAGACACAUUCUUGAAGUCACAGCUUCUGUUGACUCAUCACAUGUUCACAUUGUUUGAUUGAGAUUUGGAAGAAAAGCCAAGAAAAAAAAACUUGAGUUGAAGCUCAAAUGUUUCUAAAGCCAUCCUCGCUGUGUUGUUUGAAACAGCAGCAUUCAAAUGGUAAACAUAUCUUUUUUUGUUGUAUAGAAAAUAAUUCUUAAAACAGCAGAGGUAAUGGGACCAAAGUGGUGAUUUACAUUCUUUAUAAUGUUUGCCUUUUAUUGUUCUGUUUUUUGAGCCUUGUUUUUCAAUGUGCUCUGCGUAUGGUACAAAAUGCUUAAACUAUUUAAGCAAUGGUGCUGUUCAGGUGUUUGUUUUCACCUUUUGUGCUUAUUUGUAGGUGUUUGUUUACGUUCAUACUUAAAGCCAUAAUCUUUUGAAAUGAAUACUUUACAUGUGGUAACAGUUUGGAGGAGGAGGUAGAUAAAACCUUUUCAUUGCAAAAAAAAAUAAAGCCAUACCGAAAACAUUUAAAAUGAGAAAUGUUAUAACUAAUUGAUUUAAUUCUAAAUCAAAAGUAUGACCUCUCAAGAAGUCCUUUGACUGUUAGGACCUAAUAAAAGGCUGUUUGAUAUUUGUGGAUACUUCUGAGUUUUUCUUUGAAUUGUAAGAAAGCAGUAUUUCCAGGAAAAGCUUUACUCUGGGAAAAGAUUGAGCCUCUUAUUUUUAUACGGACAAAAUUCCACUGUGUCCAGACUUAUGUCUGCAGGCUUUUUGUACUUCAUGUUUACAAGCUAUGUUUCAAUUGUUAUUUGGGGAUUUCUUUAUGUUAAUGCCAAUGAAACUGUGUAAAAUGUCUGGAUUGAAGGGUUUGUCCUGAAAGUUGUGUACCUGCUCAUGUGGGUAACUGCUACUCAGAUAAUAGGAAUGCAAAUUUUGAGUAUCAACUAUACAAAGCACCAACUUGUUGUGUAUAUUUUAUAAUUCCAUUGAAAUGCUAUUUUGUUAAGCUUUUUAUGAAAGGAUCUUCUUAAUUUCUUUAAACAUUCCAUAUCCAGAAAUAUCGCUGUGUCAGAAUUUGUGAUUUGCAGAAGGCCCUUACAGUUUGAGAAAUGUUGUCUCCGAACAAUUUUUUGUAUGGCCUUUUUGUAAAAUGUUUGCAUGUUGUGUAUCAAUCAAAGGCCUUUAUCUUUUAUACAUUUGGAGUAUUUUGUACAAUAAAUAUACUUACAAAGGUC